GACCAACAGACACACCAAAGCCUAAAUCAAAACAAUAAACAAGAGCUCAAACGUGAAAACACUAAAAUAGUACGUAGCGUCCACGUGUAACAUAUUAAAUGUCGUUGCAGCUGUCAGGGUGACGCCAUCAGUAGUCAUCGAACAACACGCCACAUUGAAGAAAUUGUAACCGAACGUUGGUGCUUUGGAUCGUGCGGCUUGCGUAAACUAACAUCACAGAUAAAUGUAAGAGGUCUGGCUGUAAUUUUCUGCCGCCCUCACAACAGGCUAGGUGUUCUUCCAAGGCCCCAUCCAAAUCCCCCCACUCAGUGGAAAUGGAAACUCUUCGUGUAUUUAUAGCCUCAGCGCAUACGUGAGCUGCCUGUCUUUAGGAAGGAGCUGUUCAUAUCAGUCCAAGCUGGCGAAUGUUCUAGACUGUUGUGUUGAGCCCUGCCCACGGGAUGUAAACGUCUUCCCGAGCGCAACCAUUUGAGACGAGAUGGAGGAUCCCGUCUUACAGACGCAAGCGUCCACUCUGCCGUUUUUUGACACGGCCCACGCCUUCAACCUGCUUCGAGGAAUUCACGAGCUCCGGGCAGAGCGCAAGUUUUUUGACGUGACUUUGUGCGCGGAGGGCCGCGAGUUCCACUGCCACCGCACGGUGUUGGCCGCCGCCAGCACCUACUUCCGGGCUAUGUUUGCCGGUACGCUACGGGAGAGCAUCAUGGACCGGGUGGUUCUACACGAGGUUUCGGCCGAGCUUUUGGGACUGCUGGUGGACUUCUGCUACACAGGGCGGGUCACCGUCACACAGGACAACGUGGAUCUUCUGCUGAAAACAGCCGAUCUGUUUCAGUUCCCGUCAGUCAAAGAAGCCUGCUGUGCGUUCCUGGAGCAACGUCUGGAUGUUACCAACUGCUUAGAAAUCCAAGACUUUGCGGAGGCCUACGCCUGCCGAGAGCUGGCGGCCAGCGCCCGCCGCUUUGUUCUCAAAAACUUAAUGGAUCUUGCUAAAGGGACAGACUUUGCACGCUUGCCUUGGAAGCGCCUCCUUGAGUUUGUGUCUGAUGACGAGCUGUGCGUGGACAAAGAGGAGACUGUCUAUCAGAUCGCGGUGCGCUGGGUGAAGGCCGACCUCCAACGGAGACUUCACUACUGGCCCGAGCUCCUCCAGCAGGUCCGACUCCCUUUUGUCAGGAGGUUCUUCCUUUUGGCCCAUGUGGAGAGCGACCCCCUCGUAUAUCUUUCGCCCACCUGCCUCCGCAUGGUCAACGAGGCCCGUAGCUUCCAGUCCAGCGAGUACGACCGCCACGACAGACCGUGCCGCCGCAUGCGUCCGCGGCCGUCCACCGGACUGGCCGAGAUCCUGGUGGUGGUGGGGGGUUGCGACCAGGACUGUGACGAGCUGGUGACCGUCGACUGCUUCAACCCGCAAACGGGCCAGUGGCGCUACCUGGCCGAGUUCCCCGACCACCUUGGAGGGGGCUACAGCAUAGCUGCCCUCGGGAAUGAUAUGUAUGUCACCGGCGGCUCUGACGGCUCUCGCCUGUACGACGGCGUGUGGCGCUACAAGUCCAGCGUCAACGAAUGGACGGAGGUGUCGCCCAUGCUGAAAGCGCGCGAGUACCACAGCUCGUGCGUGCUGAAAGGUCAGCUGUACGUGGUGGCGUCGGACAGCACCGAGCGCUACGACCACACGCUGGAUUGCUGGGAGGCCUUGCCGCCCAUGCUGCAUGCCAUGGACAACUGCUCCACCACCACGUGCAACGGACGUCUGUACGCCAUCGGCUGUCUCGCCGGGGAGGACACCAUGGCCGUCCAGACCUACGAGCCGGACAGCAAACGUUGGUCCAUGGUGAACUGCGGACAGCUGCCGAUGUGGUCGUUCACCCCUAAAACGGUGACCCUCAACGGCCUCAUCUUCUUUGUCAGGGAUGACUCAGCAGAGGUUGAUGUUUACAACCCCCCGACAAACCAGUGGGAUAAGAUUAGCCCUAUGAACCAGGUUCACGUCGGAGGCAGCGUGGCGGCGCUGGGCGGCAAACUGUUUGUAUCCGGCGGUUACGACAACACGUUCGAAUUGUCGGACGUAGUGGAAGCAUAUGACCCGGCCACUCGCACCUGGAGCGUCGCGGGCCGGCUGCCUCAGCCCACUUUUUGGCACGGCAGCGUCAGCAUAUUCCGACAGUUCAUGCCUCUGGUGUCGAAUGCCUUUGAGCCUGUCGGCGCCCCGGACGCUAACGCCAUCCACCUGCACCGGCACCAGCGUCACCAGGCUGUACACAACCUCAACAACAAUGUCAAUCAGGACGUGAACGCGGCCCACUGACUUUGGAUCGCUGUUCGUUGACUGUGAGUUUUCAUCACAAUGCUGAAACAUGAAUGUGUCACCUGACUUUUGGUGACUGAUGGAUUUGAAAGAGGAUCCAAGCCUCUCGGGCUUGAAACUGUUGUCAUGUACAUACAGAAAGACUAAGGCAGAAUGAUCAUCAUUCAGAAGCUGCAAAACAGAUUGAUUAAAUAGGGUAAUAGUGUUAAAAAAA